GAAACGCGCUCGGGCUGCUGCCGGGAGGAAACUGUUGCUUUAAUGAUUUAAUCCUCGCUGUAGUUCCGAUGAAGCCUGAGCACAGCCGAUCUGAGGACUGCAGAGAUGCAGCCGCUGUUUGAGUGAGAACUUCCUCCGGGGGUCUUUUAUACCCCUGUAUUCUGCUGUUUAUUCUCACUCAUGGCUGAGCAGACUUGGAUGCGGGGAAUGACAGUGUACAGUGAGCGGACCCCUCAGCCUGAGAGCUGAGAGCUCGUCCACCUGCAGCUCGUCCUUGUCCGCAACCUUCCGCCGUGGAGUGGGAUUUCAGAAGAAACUUGAACUCGGACUGUAAACUGGAAUGAUCGUUCAAAGACACGUCUUUUUAUAGAUGAUGGGGUCUUCAGAGGUGGCCAGGAGCCAAGGAUAUCUCGCGCCCCGCGCUAAACCUGCCUCGCGCUCCAGCAGCGUACCGCGCGCGCAUCGGCCGCCUCCUGAUGGCGCAGGCGCGUGUGCCUCCAGCGAUUCCCGUGCUGCUCCUCGCGGCGGCGCGGACUACUCGCCACGGGUUCGAGCGCGCGCACGUGGAGGCAGAGUGCCCGCUGAGCCCGGAGAGAGCGGAGCGGAGUGCUGGAGCUCACUGGACAGCGGCCGGCUGUGUGAGGAGUGCAUGUCUCGUGUGGAGGUUCUGAUGGAGGAGGCGCAGAGGCUCCUCACCGCCGGACACUUCAACAGCAGCGACCCCAAACUCUCCCUGCUUCUGUAUGAGAGUGUGCAGGGUCCUGCCUGGAGCAGUCUUGGGGGUCGCUGUGACGUCUGCUCCACUCACCUGAGCCAGCUGAAGCGGGAGGCUGUCCGCACUCUCCUAAGUCAAGACAGGACCAUCUGGCCCAACGUUUUCCCUGCCAGCGUCUCACCCGGCCGCUCUGCCUCAAGCGCUCACACUCUGCCCAGAGCCUGCAGCUCACAUUCUCCCACCCCUAGUCCCCGCCACAGACCCCGCAACCCACGCACGGAUGACUGGAUCAGAGAACAGUCGACGCUGUGGCCUCUGUCAUCUACAAACGAUGAGCUUUCUUCUUUUCCUGAAAUGAUGUCUCAGGAUGGUUUAAAGAAUAACAAGGCAGAUGAAAAGGCUACAUCAUCUGGGACGGUUCUCUGUCACUUUGGCAGUCCACUGCCAUUUAGUGCUUCCAGAGUCUCCACAAUGCUGCCUGCUGGAACCUCUGCUGCUAUAUCUUUCAUUGUCAGGGCUGUCCAGAAGUUGAACUUGACCUCAAGAAGGAGAAAACAGAACAAUUACUGUUCCCGCUAUCCAACCAACUUCAGCAGCCUCCUGCAGAAAGCUCCUCCUCCUGCUCCAUCAAACCUACUACAGACUGCCUGCAAGGGGAGAGAGAUGACAGAGACGGGGAAGGUCAAAGUGCUACUGAGAGUCAGCCCACUCCUGAAGGCAGGAACAUCUCAGUUGCAUGCCCUCAAAUUGGACCUUCGCAAGAAACAGGUCACAGUUCUGGAGUCUGCCACUCAGAGCACACAGAGACUGACUGCAGGUGCAACCUCCACCCCAAAGACGUUCACCUUUGAUGCUGCCUUUGGCCCCGAGUCAUCCCAGGCCGAGGUGUGUGAGAAGAGUUUGUUCGAGGUCCUCCAGUCUGUGCUUGCCGGAGCUGAUGGCUGCGUCCUAAGCUUUGGACAGAGAAAAGUGGGAACUUCUUACACAAUGAUCGGGCGUGAUGAUUGCUCACCGAGUCUUGGAAUCAUCCCUUGUGCCAUCUCUUGGCUUUUCAAGCUCAUUAACAAAAAGAAGGACAGGACGUGGGCAAAUAUCUCCGUUUCUGUGUCAGCUGUGGAGGUGUGCGCGGAGACUGAGGUCAUCAGGGACUUACUGUCUGAUGUUGAGUCAGGGGACUGCAAGGACACCCAUAAGCCAAAUGUUUACCUCCUGGACGACCCUGUCUGUGGAACACAGCUCCGCAACAACAGUGUGCUAAGUGCUCCUACAGCAGAGAGAGCAGCUUUUCUACUGGAUGCAGCCCUGGCCUCUCGGAGCUCAGGCGUGACAGGGUGCAGAGAAGCAUUCCAGCAUCAUUGCCACAUGUUCUACACCCUUCACAUCUGCCAGCAACACAUAGAGAGCAGCAGCAAGUCUGGAAUGAAUGUGGACCAAAGCAAGCUGAGCCUAAUUGACUUAGGUAGCUGUACAAGAGAGAGGAAUAAGAACAAUACAGCUGUCUGUCUUGUUGACCUUGGAAAUGUCAUUAUGGCCAAGUUGAACAGGCAUAAACAUGUUCCCAACAAGGGAAGCAAACUGGCCAUGCUGAUGCAAGAGUCUCUGAACAACGUCAACUGCUGCACUGCCAUCAUAGCCCAUGUUUCCACUUCACUUGAAGACAUCUCAGAGACUCUCUGCACCAUCCAGAUCGUGUCUCAGAUUCGAAGAUUACAGAAGAAGACAAGGAAAUCUUCUUCAAGCUCACCUGGAGGGAGAAGCUCAGGAAAAGAAAAAGUGAACAACUCUACCAGGCUAAGAGCAUUUCGCUCUGCAAGUACAUUAGACCACGAUCUCUCUUCACUUAACCUUUUUGAUGAUUUGGAGGACCACUCUAGGAGUGACAAAUCAAGUGACACUGUCAUUUGUGUGGAUCCAAAUGGCUGUGUCCUUGUUGAUGAAGAAGUCAAGGGGAGUCAAGAGUUUGUGCCAAUAAUUCCCUCUUUACAAAGGAAUAAGAUUGACUUGAAGGGGUCUUCCAUUUUAAAGCGUUGUGAACUAUUAAAGCCCAUUUCUCCCUGUACACUGAAAAAGGAGACAAAAAAGCAGUCCAGUCAACAAAAAACAUCAGAAUCCAAUAUACCUGAUUUAGAGUGUCUCAAAUGCAACACCUUUGCUGAACUGCAGAAUCGACUGGGAUGUAUAGAUGGAAGCGAUACAGUUGGCAUGUAUUCUUGCAAAGAACAGACUACAAAUACAAAUACUGUGACCAAAUCCGAACCUCUCUUAAGCAAAGCUACCAAGAUCUCUACUGGACAACCAGAGAUUCAAGGAUCUUCAAAUAAAAACGAGAGUAAUGAGAAGGAAAUGCGACAUCCUCUUCAGAGAGAUACACCUGUGAAGAAAAUUGAAGAAAUACCUUGUAGGCAUGCUGGUCAAGCCAAAAUUGCUAAAAAAAUUAUCUUUUCUUCACCGAGACUUGACAUUGUUAGUAGCUCUGUGCAAGAUGAACAAGCAACUGGAUCCCACAGCCUUGCUGAAUCAAUGGACAUGCUAGUGGAAGGAAGGUCAUCAGACAACUUCACCAUGCCCUCUGAGGUUCGGAUCUCACCUGUGGGUAAAAGUUCAUCCUCUUCCUUCUCUGUUGGCCUGGGAUCCCCAGUAUCACUUCCUAUUACCUUAGGUGAAGGUAUUCCGCAAUUUCCCAUAGAGAACCAAAGGCAAAUGAAGGCCACUAUCACCGUGACAGUUCAGCAGCCGCUGGAUCUGAAUGGACAUGAUGAGCUUAUAUAUUCUGUGGUUGAGGAAGUAACAAUCAAUAGGGCAGUUAAUAAAGACAAGGCUGCACAAGCAGCUGGUAUAACUGACUCCCAUUCUCUUGAAAGUUUGCCAUCAGGCUCUCAACCUGUGAGGAUCAUAAGUAGUGUAGGAGAGGAGAAAACUGCAGAUAACUCUGCAUCUCAAGUUCAAGCUUUAGGUCAAUCCUGUGAGGCCUCAUUGGUAUUACCUGCAGUUCAAAACCUUGUGGUCAGCUCACAGGUCGAUGACGCGUCUUCUCCUGUUGCUAUGUCAGAAAAGUCACAAAAUAUCGAAAAGGAUGUCUCUGAGGCUACGUUUGCCUCCACUUCUGAACAUGAGGUCCUGAGAUUCAAGGAGUACUCAUGUGACAAUGGACCAGAGCAGAAAGUUACUAAAAGAAAGUGUAAUCAAGGUAUCGGCCAGCUUUCUAGAGAGAUAAAUGGUGACUUUUCUCCAGUGCAUCAAAGGAUAUUAGCUGAUUUUAGUAUGGAAAUACCAGAAAAUCUAGCCAGUAGUUACUCAGCCCUUGGAAAGAGCAAAUGUACAAGAGACCUGUACAGUCUAGACAAGCAGUAUGAUUCCCAGGACUCUCUUUAUCACUGUAUGAAUCCCUUUAGCCCAAGAUCAACACUAGAAAGGAAACAACGCCAUGUCCAGCUAGGUCACAUGGAAUGGGGAGAAGAUAGUGAAUCAAUGUCUUCAGGUCAAGUAUCAGAUAGGAAUAGAGCCACUAAGAAAAAGCAAAGACAUGUACAACCUACAGCAACCCGCUGUCAAGAGUGUGACCGACCAAAUUCAGACAAUAUGCUCAACAAGACUAACCCUAAAUCCCCUGUUGAAGAAAGCAGUAAGUUGUUCAGUGCAAAGUUGGAGCAGUUAGCAAACAGACAACGAUCCCUAGGUAGAUCACGUUUAGAGAGCUCUGAUUUACGAUUCUUUGAGGAAAGUAAUAUUGUGUUCACUCAGGGAUCUUCAGCAAGAUUGGGAAGUUUUUGUACCUCACCAAGAGUCAGUAAAAGACAUCUCGAGCAAGGGCAUUGCAUGACUUUAGACUCUAAAGCAAGUUUGGAUGGAGAUUAUGCAUUGGCACAGGUGAAAAGUGCGACUUCAACUGGUUUGAGUGACGUUUUUGAUGAUGACCUUACUGUGUCCCGGACUGGUCGCAGCUUCAGGAGAGUUCCAAGGUUUUUCCCCAUGUAUGAUGCUAUUGGAAGUGGCACAAGCCGUCAGUCCAAACCAAUUCAAUCAAAAAUAUCAACUGAAAGCAAACUGUCCAGUCCAAAAGUCUGCAAGAUAUCAGAAACUUGCCCCAAGAAUUCAUGUUCAUCCCCCAAAUCUGCCAGACACUCAAUCAAUAGAAGUUCAAGCCUCUCUCCUGAUGGGCUCUCCAUAAAACAGAUUUCAUGGUCCACUCAGUCUUUAUCUCGAAAGCAGGGGAAAGCUUCUGUCUCAUUUAAAUCUCCCAGCAGAGUGCUGAAUGGACGGAUUGAGCUUCUUAGAGCAAGUGGAGACUCUCUCUCAAGCUCUAGCCUAGGUAGUCUGGAAAUUGAUGAACUUAAAGUGUCAAAAACAAAAAUGAAAGGGCUGACUCACACUUUACCAUCACCGUACAGUAGGAUCACAGCCCCACGUAAACCCAGCCACUGCAGUGGGCAUGCCAGUGAUAACACCAGUGUCCUAAGUGGGGAACUUCCCCCUGCCAUGUGUAAGACAGCCUUGCUAUACAACCGCAACAGUGUGCUCAGUAGUGGCUAUGAGAGCAUGAUGAGGGACAGUGAAGCCACAUGCAGUAGCACUUCAAUACAUGACUCCAUUAGCGAUCAGAGCUGCUUCUUCAAUACUGCAAAGGGUGCCAGAAGCUCUAAGAAAAGGAAUAAUAUAGGAUCCUAUCAGAGGCGUCCAUCGCAGGACACCCUCUUGUCUUUAAGGAGGUCUGGAAGUGGUUCCAAAAUACGCUGGGUAGAUCGGAGUAACUCAGAUUCAUAUGAAAUUAAGGUCUAUGAGAUUGACAAUGUGGAUGGCUUGCAGAAGAGAGGAAAGGCAGGAAACAAGAGUGUGGUCUGCUUCAGUGCCAAGCUGAAAUUCCUGGAGCAUCGACAACAGAGGAUUGCAGAGGUGAGGGACAAGUACAAUGCCCUAAAGAGAGAGCUGGAACUAGCCAAACAGCAUCUCAUGGUGGACCCAGGAAAAUGGACUCGUGAGUUUGAUCUCUGGCAAACCUUUGAAGUGGACUCCUUGGAACACUUAGAGGCACUAGAGUUGGUCACAGAGCGGCUCGAGAGCCAAGUGAGCCGCUGCAAGGCACUUGUCAUGAUGGUUACCUCUUUUGAUGCCACACCAAAGCGCAGGCAAAAGAAACGCUGCCGGCCAACUGUGGAAUAUAAAGGGUUCAUAGGGAUAUAGCACUGAAUAGUGUGCCACAUGACACCUUGGCAAGUGAAAUUAUCUUAAGUCUAGUCAAUAAAGCAACAUUUCUCAUUUUGAGAUUUUUGUGAGCUUAUUAUAAGAUUAUUUACCUUAUUUAUAUUCCUUUUUACUGUGAUUUUAGUCUAAAUAUCUCACUAUAUUGGCAGAAAAUUCAAAGAUAUUAAAAAGGCAAAAAAUACCUGCCAACAUAGUUAGAAUUUUAAGUGAUACUUUUUUGAUCCCACAACCAGGGAAAUUCCACCUCCGCAUUUAACCCAUCCGUGAAGUGAAACACCACAUACACACUAGUGAACACACACACUAGGGGCAGUGAGCACACACUUGCCCGGUGUAUAGAAGUGAGUUAAAUAAGCCUACAACAAUCUCAAAAUGAAAAGUAUUAGAUGCAUAGACUAGAAUUUCACUUGGCGAGAUGUCAUUUUUUGCAGUGUACAGCAUGUUUCAAUUAAAAUCUAUUUCUUUUUGAUAAUGUACAGAACUGUUAUUGAUGCAACACUAUCAAACAUGCCUCUAAAUUACCAUAAAUGUCCUUAGGUUGAGUUCAUUGGUGCUAAUCAGAUCUGAACAACAAAUUGCUGUUUUGGCGACAGCUUAGGCUUGGAUAUGGGUCAGAGCAACAUAUUGGAGUGCGGCGCUACAAAUGAACUUGACAGAUGGAGGUCCUGAGUCAAGCUGACCAAUAAAAUGAGUUUACAAAUGCCUCAGCUCCUGAGCUGCCGCCACAGCCACACUAACAACAUUACUAACAUUGAAUUACUAUGACGAUGCAUCCUUGUCUGUUACCUAAAGGGCAACCAAGGCUGAUGGUCAACAGAAAUGUCUGUACGAGGCUUUUAUAAAAUGCAAAUUCACUUUUCGAAGAAAUGUUUUAUGUUAAUGUUUUCAAAGCAAAAUAUCUUACUGGUCUUAUUCAUUACAUGUGGACAUUACAUGUAAAGCAAAUGUAGAUGUACUGUAGCAAUCCCUUGAUCAGUCUUAUAUACACUAAUAAACAACGUAGUAAACACAUCUCAGCAUUGGCUCAUACAGACUCACUUCAUUUCUGUGAAUACUAAGAGUUGGACUUCUUUUCAUUAAAAUGCUUCAUUGAUUCAUU